AUGAAUACUCGAAGUGGACAACGAUCACUGAGUGGUCAACACCAUCCAGAAAUGGAUGAGAUUAUUGUGGAAGAUGAGGACACGGAGAUGUCACAGUACGGCAUUACACCUGAAGAGGACGAAGAUGAAGAGGUGGAGGAGGAGAUUGUCGGCGAAGAGGGCAUCGUUAAGCCAUCGAUGAUCGGUACACGCGCUGAGAAGUCACUGGGUCUGCUCACACAACGAUUCUUGCGAUUGCUGCAGACUACACGCAGCGGUAUUGUUGACUUGAACACG